GACCUGGGACCUAGGAGGGAGCUAAGUCGUUUCCCGCCGGCGGGAGCUCUUUUUGAGACUGGGGCUCAGAGCUGGCGGCGCCCAUUGCUACAGCACCAUGACAGACCAGCUUUAUCUGGAAAAUAUAGACGAGUUCGUUACGGACCAGAACAAGAUCGUGACAUACAAAUGGCUGAGCUAUACACUAGGGGUUCAUGUUAACCAGGCCAAACAGAUGCUAUAUGAUUAUGUUGAAAGAAAACGGAAGGAGAAUUCAGGAGCCCAACUGCAUGUCACCUAUUUGGUAUCUGGCAGUUUCGUUCAGAAUGGACAUUCUUGCCACAAGGUUGCAGUAGUGAGAGAAGAUAAAUUAGAAGCAGUGAAGUCCAAGCUAGCUGUGACUGCCAGCAUCCAUGUGUACAGCAUCCAGAAAGCUAUGCUAAAGGACAGUGGGCCUCUGUUCAAUACCGACUAUGACAUCCUUAAAAGCAACUUGCAGAACUGCAGCAAGUUUAGUGCCAUACAAUGUGCAGCUGCAGUCCCCAGAGUCCCUGCAGAAUCCUCGUGUUCCAGAAAGUUUGAGCAGUCGAAUCUUCAGGUAUCAAAUGAGACACAAGUCAAUAAUGAGCUGACCACAAACGGUCAUGGCCCACCUCCCUCCAAACAGGUUUCCCAGCAGCCCAAAGGAAUUAUGGGAAUGUUUGCUUCUAAAGCUGCCACUAAAACCCACGAUACGAACAAGGAAACCAAAACAGAGGCUAAAGAAGUAACAAAUGUAUCUUCGGCUGGCAGCAAAGCACUUGGAAAAGGGAAAAUGAGCAAUUUUUUUGGAAAAGCUGCUAUGAAUAAACUUAAAGUCAAUUUGGACUCAGAACAAGCAGUGAAAGAAGAAAAAAUAGUGGAACAACCUCCAGCGUCUGUCCCUGAACCAAAGCUGGCAACUCCUGCAGACCUGAAGAAACCCAGCAAAAAGGCAGAGCCUGUUAAGAUGCAGCAAAAGGAAAAAAAAUGGGGGAAGCGAGUAGAGUUAUCUAAUGAUGAAACAAAGGAAACUGGAAAUGUGAAGAAAAAGAGGAGAAGAAUCAAACUUCCUCAGUCUGAUAGCAGUGAAGAUGAAGUCAUCCCAGAUUCUCCUGGGACUUAUGAAACUCAGUCACCAUCCCCGCCUCCUCCCAUAUCUCCAUCUCCUGACCCAGUGCCGAAGACUGAGCCUGAGCCUCCUCCUGACAAGAACUCACGUGGAGAAAACAAACGAAAACGAAAGCAUGUAUUGAAAUCUAAAACCUUCUUGGAUAUGGAAGGAAGCAUGGUGACUGAAAAAUACUAUGAGAGUGAAUCUUGCACUGAUAGUGAAGAGGAGCUUAAGACAAAGACAUCCUCUGGACACAGACCCCCUGCCACGACUGUGAAAAAAGAGCCCAGAGAGGAACGAAAGGGCUCCAAGAAAGGGACAGCUGCUCUAGGCAAAGCCAACAGACAAGUAUCCAUUACUGGCUUCUUCCCCAAGAAAUAAACUGCCACCUCUAGCAGGUCAGAGACUUAGCGUGGUUGAAGGAGAAGACCAAGAAGUAUAGACUCUCACUUACUGUGUAAGUCCGUCUGCCACCUAGCUCCUCACCUCACCCGCAUCGAGCGGCUGUCCUUCCAUCCUGUGAAGUUUAUACUGUUGCUGGUUUUUAACCUAAAGGGAGUCACCUGGAAAUAAGAGGCAAAAGAAUAUUUAAAAAGCUGUUACUUUCUAAUGACAUUUAAAAAGCACAAACGUAGAGAAAUUCACUCCAAAAUUAAGUCCAAACAGGUUCUGCUUUCCCCACUGUGUCCCACUGACCCUUUGCCUGAUCCUCUUACCCCUCAGGAAGAUUCCUUCAGGUUCUUCUGUACUCUGUGAAUUUGUGUAGAUGUUUUUAUCCCUGAAUUCUACCGGUUGUGUUUGCUCUCCCCAACCUCCUCUCCUGACUAUGACACUUCUGUCCCCUAGUCCCGUGAAGCUGUUUUCUGUAAAUCUUGUAAAUUUUGGUUGAACUAAAAGCCAAAACAAAAAUCUUCCCAUGAUCCUCUUCCUCCAUUAUAGAGUAUACUGACACCUGGCUGCAGACCAGGCCAUGGCUUGUGUUUUGCCCCUUUCACAAAACUCUCUAGACCUUUGCUCCCUGUUAGUGGUUAGGGAAAGCCUCAGGCAAAGCACUAAUAGAAAUUUAAUGAUGUAUCCAACUUCACCAGAAAUUACUUGGAGUCAGCAUGGAUGACGGAGGAGCUGCCAUGGUGCUGACACAGGGUUAUAUACUGCGCCUUUGUGGUUUUCUGCUGUCCACUGUUAGUACCUGGAGAGCAAAACCUAUAGAGUGAGAUGAAGAUUAAAAAGAAAUACUUUUUUUUUUUUUGGUACCGGGAAUUGAACUCAGGACCUUGCACUUGCCAGGCAGGCGCUUGUGCCGCUGAGCUAUAUCCCCGGCCCUUAAAAAGAAAUAUUUCUGCAUGUAUUAUACAACAUUAUAUAGAAUUUUUCCCUCUCAAGGAAUAUGGGAUGUUCAGGAACAGCAGUUUCCCCAGAAGUUAAUUAAUGAAGAACUUAGGGCACAUAUUUAUACACAGAUGUCUGCUCCUCAUCUGCCUAGCAGUACUGACGUCUGAAGAAGAGAUGGAGAAACUGAGUGAUGAGUAGGUCGAAACAGUAAAUACAUUUUCCCUUUGUGCACACUUACAGGAAAUUAUCUAUUCCAUUAACUUUCAAGCAGCUUCCACUAUGGCUGGACAGUAAGAUCUUCAGUAAGAUCAGUGCGUGGAGGUGGCGUGGCAGGGAGCUGCACAGUGAGCUCUGGGGAAGGGAACACAGGCUCAACGGCUGACGUAACUCACCCGGAGCAGACAAAAGACGUCUGACCCUCUUCUUCCGCCCCGGCCUGGUGUAUGUCAUAAGUGAUACAGUCAGCUGUCUACUUUUGAAGAUUAGGACUGUAGCUGACUUUGGAAUUCAAACAAGCUUCUUCAGCAACCGAGUGUGGACUUGAUUAAAAGACGAGAGGCUUGGUCCUGGCAUUAUGUGUAGGACUUGAGAAGGUAGAGGUUUUGUAUAGCAAGCCGAGCAAAGGCUGACAUACUCCAAAACCCUUUCUUUUUUAAAAUGAAAAAAGAGUGGAAAGCCUGGAGUUAAGCUUGACAGAAAACUUCUGGGGAAGAAUCCCUUUUAAAUGGUUAUUUUUGUCAUUGCCUCUAGACAUUUUUUUUUUCUAAAUAGGAAUGGAAAAUUAAAAAGCAACAAUCCAGUCUUUUUAAAAAAAAAAAAUUAUGCUGGGAUCUCUAAUAAAACUGAAUUUGAAUUGGAAAAAUCUGGUGUGAGUUGGAAUUCCAACUUUCAAGGGACAAUGCAAGCCCUGUGAUCUCUGUGCCCGUCGUGCUUCCUAAACUCUGAGCUGUCUGCAAGGCUUAGUGAGUAUUGAGCAGUGACUUUUUUUUUUAAUAUAAAGGACUCUACCGUGUUAUCCACAUGAGUUAAAUAAAUUUGAGAAAUCGUUUUAAAGUGAUGCUUCAAA